AUGUUUAGUAAAAUUUUCAUAUUUUUUGUAAUUUGCGUCGUAAAAAUCAGCAGUGCUGGAAAGUUAAAAGUUACAAUUUAUUAUGAAUCUGAGUGUCGAUUUUCCAAAGAAUUUAUUCAGUCGCAGUUGAAGCCAAAUUAUUAUAACUUUAAGGACUACGUGAACUUUGUUUAUGUUCCAUUUGGGAAAUCCUCACAUACAGACACUCCAGACGGUAAAGCUAACUUCACAUGCCAACAUGGUCCAUUGGAAUGCUAUGGAAAUGUCUGGGAAUUGUGUGCAUUGGAUAUGAUUGGACCUGACCAAGAUAGACAGACAGCUUUUGUAAUUUGUGAUAUGAAUCCUGACAGAGUCAGAGAACAAUGCACAAUAGAUGCUGGAUUAAAGGUCCCAGAAGUCCAAUAUUGUGUCGAAAGUCGUGGAUAUACAUUGGAACUUCUUGCUGAACAAGUCACAGCACCAAUUUUAGCACAAAGUGGCAAAGUCCCAACUAUCGUGUACAACGAUAUCUUCAACAUGACUGAAUAUGGAGCUGCAUUUGCUGAUUUUCAAGGUUUUACUAAAUUUAAAAUUUUAGAUACUGUAUAAAAUAAGCUGCUAUGGUAGCUAUGCAUGGAAGUUC